AUCGUGAAGGCCACACUGAUUAGCGUCCUGGUACACCUGAGCGACAUUGGGACAUGGCGGCACAAAAAUAGCUUUAAACAUUCUUAAUUUAAACUCUACUGGCGGCUACGGGGACGUGAAACUAACCUAACCCCGAAUACGCACAGAUGUAAAGUUUAUACGUGUUCAAGUCAGGUUUACCUCUGGACAGGACGGAGAUGGUUGACCGGCACAGCAGGAGGCCUUCCAACUCCCAGCAUACGUGGCCUUACGGCAGCGGCAAUCACACACAGAUAGGAGAUGGAGAGCCAGACCGUGACCACGGAGGGCACGUGACUCGCCUUGGUUCGUACGAGGAUCUGUACUGCAGCAGCCGGGCCUCAGUCCCUCUGGUCGGAACCCUUGUGGCCUCCUCGGGGCAGCAGAGCGACGUGAUCAAACAAGGCUACUUGGGCAAGCUCGAGAGGAAGCGCAGAAGGUAUUUCGUCCUCCGAGCGGGAAGUCACACUGGACCGAGUCGACUGGAGUGGUACAAGUCCCAGGAGAAGUUUGCAGCAAUGGAGAAGUCUUUUGGGAAAGCGGCGCUGUUCGGGCCGAGCAAGCAAGGGGUGAUUUACCUGAGGUGCUGCAUUGGUGUGGGCUGCCUGGGUAGUUCCAGGAAAGGCCUGACGGUGGCGCUGUAUGCGCAGGACCAGACCAUGCUGCUGGUGGCGGAGGACCAGCAGGACCAAGAAGGCUGGUAUCAGUCCAUCAAGAAGGUGAUGACGGAGGAGCGCGAGGAUGAAGAGCGAGGGUGUGAUGACGAUGAGGACGACGGCUAUUGCACGCUGCCGCCCGCCGCCUUCUUCAGAGAGGUUUGGCCCGUCUCGGUGAAGCCACAGGGUCUGGGUCGCUCCAAGUCCCUGGCAGGGGAGCUCCGCCUCUGUCUGACCGCGACCUCCCUCAUCUUGGUCCGAGUGGGAGCGUGUUGCGAGUUGCCCUCCAUCACAAUACCGUUGCUCAGCGUCCGUCGCUUCGGCCACUUGGACGGCUCCUUUUUUUUCGAGCUUGGCCGUUCGGUGCCGAUAGGUCCCGGAGAGAUCUGGUUGGAAGCUAGAGACCAAGGAAACCCCGCCAUGGCUCAGCACAUUCACGAGGUGGUCCGAGACGCGGUCCGAGAGCUGCGGGUUCUUCCGGAUUUUAGCCGAUCCCCCGUCUCAAACCACGGUCAGCUCCUGGUCACGAAACGCUGCAGACCCAAGUAUAGAGACAAGUCGUCGCAAGGGAGACCGUCCGGUUCUGCCGCCACGCACACGCUCCUUGAAGUCCACGUGCAGAGCGACUCAGAACUCUGCAAACCGAACACGACAGAACCCCCGUCUCCCCUCCGCCAACACGGCGACGCCGUGCCUGAGCGUGACGGCUACAUGGACAUGAUGCGGCAGCUUGGCGGGGAAGACUGUAAGGUGACUUUUGCAGCAGCGGGUGAGGAAGAGGGGCGAGGAUACAUGAUGAUGUCACCGCAGGCCAGCCGCAGUACUUCUACCGUGCCUCGGGAUGAUUACGUUGCCAUGGCGAGCCCACAAAAAGACCGGCCAGCUUCUAUUUCCCCUCAGACGUCAAACAAGUGCCAUCCUAUGUACACUCCUGACACUUCAUCCCAGACUGGACACCUGCCACCGCCUUUUCUGUCCACUUGUUCUCCUCCAGACUCCAGACUGAUUCCAACACCAGCCCAGACGUGUCCACUCUCUGCCAAAAGCCGCUCUCGUCCUCUCCAAACACAACAACUCGCUGGUAGAAGAUCUGGACUCUCAUGUCUGCUGUCCUGUCUGCGAACUGACCGCUGACCCUGAAGGUGAUUUUUGUCAACUCAGUCCAACCAAGCAGGACACUUAAAAGUAAAUGGUACACACUUUAUGCUAAACAGCCACGUUUGGAUUGGUGAUUGAAGACUAUUUCACUGUAUAGACGAAUAAAACACUUGAAAGCAGGUU